UUGUAUUUUUUCGUCAUGAAUGCUAACUUGUUAUUGUGGUGCCAUUCAGGUCAUGGAUACAAUCAUAACAUGGAUGCAACACAUGCGCCCCAUUCCAGAAAUAAGGGCAGGUCGCACUGUCUACAUGGAGAGGGCAUCGAGAGUGGACUUACUAGUUCGAGAUGGCAGAAGUGAUGCAUAUAACAGGGAUGUACGAAACAAGAAUCAUGGUACUAACAUGGGAAAAGUGUACAUUUCCCAUGACAUGAUUUGUCUACCAGUGAACUAUGAGAAUAUACACUGGUACGUGGUCAAUGUGAAUCCUGAAGAGAGACUAAUACAAGUUUUGGACUCCAUGCGUAAACAAACAAAAAACUUCAAAAAAGCCCACCCAGAACUACAAAAUAUGCUCAAAGGAAUGGAAGCACAUCUGGACGUAACAUCUCGACACGACUGCGAAAAGAGUGAUAGCUGGCCUGAUUACGCCGUUAAUAGUUGGCCAGUUCAAGUUGUCAAGAAUGUGCCACAACAAAAAGACGGGAUUUCAUGUGGACUCUAUGCGCUCAAGAACAUGGCAAACUGGAUAGGACACGAGCUAUCACAAAAUUUUACACAGGCCGACAUUGACAAGUUCAGGAAAGAACUCCCAGCUCUCAUAGUAGAUUCUCCACUGAAUGAAGAACCACGAAAACAACAAGAAAAAUGAAGAUUAGAAGAGAUACAAGUCCGGUUGCUGUUUGCUGAUGCUAAAAGGGGGCUACUGGUGUGGGUUUUCAGAAAUUGCUGCUGCUGCGUCAGCAUUUAAGAACAUUUUGUGCUGGUUUAUGUUGUUGGUUGUUCUGCCAACG